UUUUUUUUUUUUUUUAAAUUGUUGGUGAUGGUGAUUCUGGUGGCUGAAGGGGGAAGUUAAGGUCUUCGUGAUUUUUUUGUUCCCCUCCCCCCCCCCCUUUUUUUUUUAUUCUUGAGGCCUUGAAAAAAGAGUUUUUAGGAGAAACUUGGUGUCCCUCCACUUUUCCUGCCCCAGAGCCUCUUUUCUUCCCUUUUCCCACAUAUCUGGCUCAGUCUGUGCUAGCCACCCAGUUUAUUGCCAUCAGUGGUAGAUACUUAAAUGUCACACUUGUUUUUCUUUGGGGUACAGUAGUUCAAGUGGUAUACAAGUUUGGAUUUCAGUGUGAGGGCUGCAAUUAGCACAUUUUAGCAGUUGGAGAGUAUUAUACUCUUAGAUUGCUGUACUGUACCCAUUAGUAGUUUAGUUACGCUACAUAUCCUAUGGUAUUAGGCAUCCUGGAGGCUUUGUGGUCUUAUUUUAAGACAUAGUUGUCUAUCAUACGGACAUAAUAUUGCUUUAGCGGUAUAUACACAUGAAAGUGGUGUAUACGUGAAAGAAUCAUAUUCCAAAACGUACUGGGAUGGCACUUGGGAAACAAGAAUACUCAUCUUGUUCUGCUGCUCAGCUCCACAGCAUUCAUGUACCACUUUAUUCUCAGUAAUCCUGCUUACCUUCCUUUACAAAGCACUCUGAAACUUGAUUAAAAAGCACCAUGUAAGGGAAGUAUUUCAGACCAAUGAAACUUCAUUAAAGUUGUAGUUUGUCAGUUUCAUUACUUGCCACACACAAACUCAGCUGGUUACUGAUAAUACCUCCUCUGUGAAAACCGAAGCUUUCAAAAUGUAUUCCAAAUAAAUGUGGGCUGGUUGUUCGUAUUUAAAAUAAUUUUAAGUGUUUGAAGAUCAUGAAACAUUCAGUUAAAUUAAUCCUAGAUCCCACCUGUCUCUGAAUCAUCAUCCACUGUUGCAUUUAUAGCUCGCAGGUUGAAAUACAGUAAGAUCUGAAACUGGGCAAUAAGAAAAUAUCGUUGUGGAUGAUAGUGAUUUCUGGUUUUGAAACCAAUCUUUUUUUUUUUUUUCUGUAAAUGUAAUAAUAAUCCGAGUUAACACAGCUAUGCAUUACCAGUUGUCAUACUUCUUUUUUGCUGACGCAUAUGGCCAAUGUAUGGCCUAAAUACUGCUGCCCUAAAAGUCAUAAGUAUAUAUAUAAUAGCAGUGAUUACUGGAAUUGUUAAAAUCAAGGUUGUGUUGUAAUAUGUUCGGACUAUUAGGUAAACACGGAACUAGACACAGCCUUUAAAAUUUUUGUAAGUUUUCUUAGUUGAAAUCAUUAAUUGUUGCAGAGGCAACAACAGGAGCUUACCCUUGGAUGAACUGUGAACGUACAUAAUGAACAUCAGUUCAUGACAAAGUAUGAGCAGUUACCGUUUUUAUGUAUAAGUGCAUACUGGGAAGAAGGUGCAUUUAUUCCCCUCUAGAUUUUGUGGUGGGUUCAUUAUUUAGGUAGUACGGAUAUGAUAAACUCCUAUGAAAACUGAACAUUUUGAAAUAUGUUAAUAGCAUCAUUUGGUUAGUGAGAACAAGAGUGUGUUCUUUGGUUUUGUGGAUGGGAAGGCGACUGAGGCUCAGCUAGUGGCUUCCUUUAACGAUUAGUUAAACUGACAAGAUACUUGUAUGUUUCACUUCAUUUCACCUCAGAAAUCAGAGGAAAGUCACAAACUUGAUUUUUUUACUAAUUGUUUUAAGUGUCUGCCGCAAUAUUAGCAAAGCUCACUUGUCACACAGAAACGGUUCAGAGCUUUUCUUAAAAUGCUCUGCCACCUGCAAAAGUGGCACUUACCUUUGAGUGAAAACAUUCCUCACACAUUUAUCUCUUUUUUUAUGUUACAUUGUUUGCUUUCCUCAAACAUUGUCCUGUUCACUUUUGCUUGCAUUUGAGUAGCACUUGCAUCUUUUGGACUUUGGUACCUUGUAUGAAUGUGCAAGAAAAAUGUGAUUUGGUGGAAAUGUGUUGUACAUUUUCUGCCUGCCUAUGAUUUAUGCUAAUGUAGAGAUCAUCUUUGCCAUCUUCCAGUUAUUGUUGCUAUUGUAACUUCAUUUUUCACUGGGAAAGGGCUAAGUAAAGAACUGUUUUACAUUUUGUCCUGAAAGAAAUUCCAUUGAUGAAGUCUUAGAAAGUUUACUUUCUGCUCCGUCCUUAUGAGUUUUGUCUUAAACUGUUAGGUACGCUGCUGUAAUUGACAACAGCUGUUGCUGAGAAUUGUAGAGGGUGGAUGGUUUCUAGGAUAAUCAGUUCCUAGUCCAUUUGAGGCUUUGUUGAUUAGCAUGUGUAAGAGCAUUUUGGAUCAGGAGCCAGUGAUGUCUGCAGAGUGCAAAUGUGGUGUGUUAUCUAAACUGUUUGACUUAGACUCUACACUGCUUUUCAGAAAAUAAGCUGGAGGUUUUGUGUGCUUUUUCUUCUAGCCCAGUAAAGUGCCCAGAGCAAAAUCAGUCUAUAGCCUGUAAAACCCCGGAUCUUUGGCUGGGUUGUGCUCUCAGAAGGUUGUUAAACAGGAUGGGAGGUGUUGCUUGCUUGUGUUUGGUUGCUACCUUAGCAAAGCUUCCACUUUCUGGUUUUGACCUCCAAAAGAAGGGGCAUAGCUAUUACUGUUUCCAGGUGUUGGGAAGGUUGCUGCUGUAGUUUGUGUUUUGCCUAGUUAUCCAUAUGUCAAUAACUUUUUUUUUUCCUGAUAUCACAGCUCCUGUGAUCAAAUACUUUAAAAAAAAAAAGACUUGAAAAUGAUGCAGAUUUCAAGAUCCCAGUUAUAUUGGAUAACGUUAUAAUCUGAUGAUUUGUAUUCUUUUUAUUGAUGUUGAAUAGAAAAAGGUGUGAUUACUCCGAUUCUUAUAGGAAUCUAUGUGUGAAAAUCUUUGAGGAGACAUGGUUGACCAUAUUUGUACUGAGAGUUGGGAUGAGAAGCAAGAGCCAAGCUGCAGCAGUUAGUCAAGCUGCAUCCAGAUCCUGGAGAUGAACAUUCGACAUUUAGCAUAUUUUGGGUAAAGGUUGAUGAAUUACGAAACAGAAUGGAAAUGGGUGUUUUGCCUCUGUUAAUGGUUUGGUGUAGAUUUCCCAAAAGCACUGAGUCAUAACAUGACCUGAAGUCUGGUUGGAAAUCGUUUCAAAAUAAUAGGAAGAAUCACGUGUCGCUGAUGUUGAACGGUAUGCAGCAGAAAAGAGGCAGCAUCGUGGUGUCCUGUGUUCUGUUUGAGGGGCUUUUCCUGUAAAUGGGCUGCAAAACUUCUGAAGGUUUGCAGAAGACAGUAAGAGAACCACCAAGAAGGCUAUUGCAGUAUUGUCAGUUUCAGAAGUCUGGUAGAGGGACUGCUACUCCAGCAUCUUUGCUCCUGGUGGUUGGGCCUUAUCCCAGCGCUGCUUGACUGAUCAAUGUGUGGAGAAUAUCAUUCUAAGGACAACGGUCUCCUUUGCAUUUGAGCACCUGCCACUAUACGUGGGGCAGAAAGUUCUUCUGGAUGUGUGCCUGAAUUUUGGAACUGUCAAAAAGAGUUGAGAGUGAAGAACAAGAACUUCCCAAGCACAGGAGUUUGGAUGAGUAGGCAGAGGAUCUACUGCCCACCUGAGAAAUCCUUAAGCUUCAAGACUUCCUGGCAACAGGUGGAAUUGCAAUGUGUUUGACAGAGAACAGUCAUCUCAGCUAGGCAGUAUCUGUCUGUCACCUCUCCUUUGAAGAAAGAUCUGUCCCCUCAGUCAACAUUUUCUUCCUUUUCCAUCAGGAAGCUAAGAACACCUGCCACUGCCAUCUUAUGUCUUCCUUUUAGAAGGAAAAGAAAGAUGAAUAAUACAUGACAGACCAAAAUUUCGAAAGUAACUACUAAUUUUAGGUGCUCCAAGAUGCACAGCCUUACUAUUAAAGAAGAACGAAAAAUAAAUACCCUUCAGUUGGAAUUUGCUAUUGCCAGUAUGUAUCAUUCUGUGUCUGAAACCAGUCACCCUUUGCAAACGGAAGAACAAGAAAUAGGCAUUGAUCCCUUGCAGAGUUAUUUGAACAAGCCAGGGGAAGGAGGAUCAAAUGAAAAUGGAAGCACACACCACACCUCAGACUCUGAUGGAACAUUUAUUUCUUACAGCACUGUCAUUGAAUUGAGGCUUGCUUGGGUCCAUACCAGAGGGUGUCCUGUACUUGAAAGCAUGAAAAGUAAAGAAUGGGAAGAACUAUUUGUAAACAACAAUUACUUGGCAACUAUACGGCUGAAGGGGAUUAAUGGGCAGCUGAGAAGCAGCAGGUUCCGUAGUGUUUGCUGGAAGUUAUUUCUGGAGGUUCUACCUCAAGAUAGAAGUCAAUGGAUUAAAACCACUUCAGACUUACGAACGUCGUACAAUAAGAUCAAAGAAAUUCACAUUACAAACCCUCGGAAAGCAGGACAGCAAGAUCUGAUAAUCAACAACCCACUCUCUCAGGACGAGGGGAGUCUUUGGAAUAAAUUUUUCCAGGAUAAAGAGCUUCGAGCAAUGAUUGAACAAGAUGUGACAAGAACCUUUCCUGAAAUGCAGUAUUUCCAGCAAGAGAAUGUGAGGAAAAUUCUUACAGAUGUUCUCUUCUGCUACGCAAGAGAAAAUGAGCAGUUGCUUUAUAAACAGGGUAUGCAUGAACUUUUAGCUCCCAUUGUCUUUAUCCUGCAUUGUGACCACCAGGCAUUUUCACAUGCCAGUGAAGCUGCACAACCAAGCGAGGAAAUGAAAGUUCUUUUGAAUCCUGAAUAUCUGGAACAUGAUGCCUAUGCAAUGUUCACACGUCUUAUGAAAACUGCAGAACAUUGGUUUUCAACUUUUGAACAUGACAGUCAGAAGGAGAAAGAUGUGAUGAUUACACCUAUGCCAUUUGCAAGGCCACAGGACUUGGGCCCAUCUAUUGCUAUUGUAGCAAAGGUAAACCAAAUUCAGGAUCAUCUGCUGAAGAAACACGAUAUUGAGCUGUACAUGCAUCUGAACCGAUUGGAAAUUGCUCCACAGAUUUAUGGAAUGCGAUGGGUACGGCUCCUGUUUGGACGUGAAUUCCCACUUCAGGACCUUCUGGUUGUCUGGGAUGCUCUAUUUGCCGACAGUAUCACCCUGAAUUUAGUUGACUACAUUUUUGUAGCCAUGUUGUUAUAUAUUAGAGAUGCCUUGAUUUCAAGUAAUUAUCAGACCUGUUUGGGACUUCUGAUGCAUUAUCCACCCAUUGGAGAUGUUCACUCCCUUAUCCUAAGAGCACUUUUUCUCCGAGAUCCAAAGAGAAAUCCAAGACCAGUGACCCACCAAUUCCAACAAAAUUUAGAUUAUUACAAAGCACGUGGAGCAGACUUGAUGAACAAAACCCGCGCCAGCGCUAAGGCUGCCCCACUCAACAUUAACAAGGUAUCCAACAGCUUGCUGAAUUUUGGCCGAAAGCUCAUUGCUCCAGCCAUGGCUUCAGGGGGGGCGGCGGGUGCCCCCGCUGGCGGGAGCGGCUGUGCUCCCCCCACCAUGCCCGGCAGGAGCACAGUGGAGCCCCCCCAGCACCACCACCACCAGCACCACCACCACCAGCACCAGCACCAGGUCCAGCAGCAGAGGAUGAUGAAGUCCGAAAGCAUGCCGGUUCAGCUGGGCAAAGGCGAGGCAGCCGCCGGCAGCAAUGGGGGGCUGCCGGGCCCCCCACAGCACCCCCCUGCCCUCGCAGGCCAAAAUUCUAAAAACAUCAGCUCAUCUCCAAGCAUAGAAAGCUUGCCUGGAGGACGUGAAUUUACAGGAUCUCCACCGUUAUCUGCAUCAAAAAAGGAUUCCUUUUUCAGUACAAUCUCCCGCUCCCGUUCCCAAAGCAAAACCAUGAGCAGAAAAGAAUCGGAGGAGGAACUGGAGGCCCAGAUUUCAUUUCUGCAAGGCCAACUAAAUGACUUGGAAGCCAUGUGCAAAUAUUGCGCGAAGAUGAUGAACACACAUCUUGGAAAUAUUCAGGAAGUCAUAUUACAAGAACACUUGGAAAAAGAAGAUGAAAUUCUGGUUUCCUUGGCUGGUUUGAAGCAGAUCAAGGAUAUCCUGAAAGGUUCCCUGCGUUUCAACCAGAGCCAGCUGGAAGCUGAAGAAAAUGAGCAGAUCACGAUAGCCGAUGAUCAUUACUGUUCCAACAGUCAGAACAAGGGGACAGGUGAUGUUCUAAAGGGACCUGUUAUGACAAAACAACAAUUCAUCUCAGGACGACAGGCUAUGACUGAUUCAAGCACUAGUGAGAGCAAGAGUGCUGAUGACUAUAUUAUGGUUUCCAAAGAAGAGGAAGGAAGCAGAAGGGCUGUCACGGAGCCAGCUCAGUCCCAUCAGGCACACAAGGAGUCAGUGGUGAAGCCAGAAGCUCCGUCUCGUUCUUCUUUGAUAUUCUCUGACCCACUGAUGGGCUCCAUUUCAGCCUCCUCCAGCAACCUGAGCUCCAGCCCUGACGACGACAGUAGUAAUAACAGCAAAGAUUCUGAAUUUGCUAUUGUCAGCCCACUGGACAUCUGAAGAAACAGGUUGGGAAAGUUUAGGAGGUUGAUCAUUACAACUCGGUUCAAAUUCCUAUGAUUCCAUGGGCUGGAUAGUUCUUUGGAUUUGAAGGACAGAAAAUAGAUAAAGGUAACCCAUUUCAGCUGCCAAAAGCCUAAUUUAUAUAUAUAUAUAUAUAUAUAUAUAUAUAUAUAUAUAUAUACAUAUAUAUAUAUAUAUAUAAAAACACCAAAACCCAUAAACUGCAACCUUUCAAAAACAAUAUACACCUUUUAAUAACUGCCUUAAAAGAAGACCCAGUAAAAGCCGGUUCUAAUAUACAGUUAUUCUUAGUUGUAGAGUUAUCUUACUUAGGAGCUUUGUUACUAUAGAACUAUUGCUUUCCCUAAACAUAGAAUAGUACAUGCUACGUACCAUAAUGGAUUAGGAAAUAUGUAGAUACUUGGCAUCAGACCUCAAACAGCAAAGACAAGCUAGAUUUAAUAUCAUCCUUUUACAAAAUACACUCAUCUGGGUUUUCUGAGUAGGGAAGGGUACUGUUUCUUCAGAGACUGUGAUUAGAGAAGCAGGGAAUGUAUAUGAGAAAGAUUAAAAGCAUCAUCCUGGCAGUAAGCUUGUUCUCAGUUGAGGAAUCCCAGUUUCUUCGUUUUCAUCCGGCAGUAGCCUGAGGUGUGUUCCAGGCAGAAGUUUGUGCAGUUGUUCCUCAGUGCUGUCUUACCGGGAAAUGUGUGACAAAUUCCUUGAGAACAGGGACGUACACAACAGAGCCUUAUUUCCCUUUGCCUACUUUUUUUUUGCCCCUGAGAGUUCCCAGUUUACCUCUUCCCCUCUUUAUAUCUGUCUACUUUUACUCCCCCGGCAUGAAUUAUUUUUUAUUUUACUGAGAUUACCGUGGUUAAAACAGUAGGUGCAAGGGAAAUUAUGGUAUUUCAUAGUGUAGACCUGAGCCAAUUGAACUAAAACUAGCUUGAGCGUGAUAACUUUCCAGGGAAGGGUGCAAAGUGAAAUGAAAUGUUCAUAAUUAAAAGCACUUUAUGUCUCGUUACUAUUAUCUUCUAUAGACUCUGUUUACAUAUAUACCUAUAUGAUUUCCAGAUUUCUAGUCAAGAAGAACAUAAUGGUGCAGCAGCGUUAAUCAACAGAAAGUUUCUAAUUAACUCUACAACUUGUUCUUCAGUGGAAAAGUGUAUUUCUUUCCCAUCAAGUACAUAGUACAUCUAAUAACAGUUUUUCGAGUAAAUAAGGGAAGGGGUUUGUACUUGCUGAUGCCUUUAAACUCUGCUGCAAUUGAUGAAAAGAAACUGGUGGUGAGUGAACACCUGCUCUUGCAGGACCUACACAGAGCUAGCUUGAGGAAGGAAUGUGAGAAAGUUACUCUAUUUAUAACAACAGCAAAAACAAUUACAUUAUUUACUUUUAAGAUACAUACACAUUAUACCAUGCAACAACUUCAUAAUUGCAUGGCAAAGCUUGUUUGUAUGGAGUUAAGAAGUGGUAGUUAUUUGCUUCUUAGUCUGUAAUUGUAAAUGCAGUUAAGUACCGUAUUCCAAAGAUGAGAUGACAUGUAGUUUGCUGGUCUUAGAUUUUACAAGGUCUGUGUCAGUGACUGUAAUGAAGAGAUAAUUGUCAUGUAAUUACAUGGUAGCUGCCGUAUCCUUACACACUCAAGCCACCGUGUCGUUCUUCUGAGAUUAUUUGUGCCUUGUAAAAUGAUAAAAUGCUAGAAUGUUGUGAGCAGGCAUAGCAUCGUACGUCUCUGUGACAGAGCAGUAUGAAGAGUCAAGUGAUUGUUUAGAUGAAAGAUCUUAUAUGCAUAACAUUUCAGAGAGGUGUUUAUUUUGGUUUCAUUUUAAGCUUCGUAGAAAAUCACUUUUGAAUUCAGCAUGCAUGCCUGCCUUCAGGUUUAUUUUAUUUCCCUGAGUUUGCUUGAAUGCCAGGGGAUUAGGUGGCUGUUGAUUUAUUUAGGUCUUGCAAGCUUUUCUAGCCUUAACCCAUUCAGCCAGGCUUGUGCCACACCACCAACAAAGGGGAGUCUGUUCAAGAAGUACCUAUGGAAAGAGGAAAGAAAUAUUCUGGGGCAAAGUUUUAUAUUCUGUGAUACAUAAGCCUUCAAAGAUUCCAGAACUUUGGCAGGGGAAAAUGUUUUUACUUCUUUUUUUUAAUUAUUUUUUUAAGCAUCAGUCUUUUGAUUUCUGUUCUGGUUGUUUGUUUCAGGGAUCACGUUGCUAUUUUCUCGAACAGUCUCAUUGCCAAUGGAAGAGUGUGAUUUGUACAGUUCUUUUAUUUUUGUAAGUUAGUUGUAUCUUUAAUAUUGCAUAUUUUAAAACAGCGCUAGAAGUAUAUAAAGAUUUUGGGAGUUUCUAACAAGUUUUCACUAGUCAGUGAAUACCGAUGAGCCAAAUGCCUGUCACGCUGUGCGAUAUGAUAAAAAUCUUCAGAAGCAGAGAGAUUAUUAUACAAAUAAGAUCAGAGCAAAUCCCAGUAAAUGAAUCUGCUUUGGUUAUACCAUGUGCUUCCACAUCUCAAAUAUGUUGUCUCUGAUACUUGAUCGUAGUGCAGAGAUAGUUAAAAUUUUGUAUAUUCAUUAAGUCAGAAACUUGUAAGUUAGACAAAAUGUCAAGUCAUGACCUUGUCUUAUGUUAUGUUAAAAAUAUACCAAGAAAGAAAUUGUCAUUUAAAAUACAAGAUUACUCUUUUUCUCCAAAGAUGACCUGCUCGUAAUAUUCAUGGAUAAAAAUAGUCAGAUAGAAAAUUUAUACAUAUUGCAAAUUACUGAUGAAAACUAAUAUGAGAUUAAGAUAUCCAUCUGAGGCUGUUGUGCUGUAUCUCACGUCUGUAAUUUGCGACUGUUUAAAGUCUCUUGCUUGUCAUGUCAGUUGUAUUUACUGCAGAAAGGCAGUAUCAUAUUUUGACUGGGUAUUCAUUUAGUCGUGGAACUUUGUAUCUUUACUCUGGAAGAACAUCUAGCCCGCUUUAUUAAAGAAAGAAUUAACAAAUUUUCUGGGCUGUGCUUGUGCUGUUUUCUCAAAAAGGAAGGAAAACGUUUUGACUAGAAUGCUGGAAUUAUGAUUUCUGGGAACAAGGAUGAUUAAAAACUUUAAAACUAUAUCAUUACAUAAGCACAAAUAUUAUUAAUAUUUUAAUCAUAUUUUGUAUAUAUGAUCCAGGGAAUAAAACUGGUUGUCAUUUAUCUCACCCAAACAACAUAGAACAUUUCCUAUUUUACCAUAUAUAUGGUGUCUGAAAAUAACAAACCAGAAUUUAAUGCGGUAUGUAUGACUUCUCUGCAAUUUCAUGAAACUUGGUAUAGUUACAUCAUUGUGUCUCAGUCACAGGAUCUGUACGGUACUUUUCUGAAUCUCAGUGCUUUAUUUCACAUUCUUAAAUGUUUCCUGUGAUUCUCCAGUAUGUUCUCAUUAGAUGGCACUGAGGCAUCUAUUUAGAAGAUUAAAUUUCAGAUUUAAGGUGAAUUUGUGCCUGACAGUUACAAUGUCAUCUGUUCAAAUACAGACACAGCAAUCCUAAUAUCCUGAACAGAUUUCCAAGUUCUGGGUGUCAGCCCUUAAAUAAUACUUUUGAUUUUUGUGUUGCAUGUGCUGGUCUUGAGUGAAUGUCUGUAAUGGUUUAUUAGAUAUGAAAAGGUGCAAUUUCGUAAAAUAAACUUCAUUUGGCUACGGAAUAGUAA